AUCGCCCGCUCGCGACGCACACGGAACCGAAAGUGAGACUGGCUCUCCGUUAUUGCCGGAGGCUUCACUCUCCGAGUACGCUAUAUACACAUACACGCGCGGCAAACGGGAAGAGGGGACGCACAGACACAUAGACGUGAACGGCGCUACGACCACAACGCCGGUCCUCUGUCUGCUGCCGCUGCUGCUGCUGUUUCUGCUACUGCGCUAUAGCCGGCUCGAAGGGGGAAUCAUCGGUUCCCCCGCCGCCAGCGCCGAAAGUGGACCAAGCGCAAGGACCACUACGCAUCCGCCGUCUCUCUUUAUUCUCGUUCUAUCGUCUCUCUCUUUCUCUCUCUGUCUUUUUCUUUUUUUUUUUGUCUUGGUGGCUACCGCUGUGGGUCCCCGCCCUAGUUUUGACGUUUUCGUGUGUUUUGGAGGUAGACGCCGGUAUAGAAGAGAGGAGAAAUUCGGAGACGACGCGCUCCUCCUAAAACUGCAGCCCCCCCCCCCCCCCCCCCCUCACAAUCUUCUUCUCCCGGAAUACGUCGCCCGACUGGGGUGCGUGCGGGCACCCAGGAAUGAAGUGGAGCACUUCCUUAUCCUUCUAUAAAAACCGUGGCUCGCCACUGUCCCCAACUUAUUCAAUCUGAUUCCGGGCUGUUAUUCGGAGGUAUACACGCAGAACCACAUCGCGUGCUCCUAAAGAACCUCAUCCCCGGCAUGAUACUUCGGACCUUCGCCAUGCUGGCGCUCGCAGCCGCGGCGUCCACUCGGGGCGCCUUGGCCAAGCCCGGCUUCGACCCGCACUCGCCAGAAGUGCACGCUGUCCACGCCGGCCCCUUCCACACAAUCGUCGACGGGCUCUCGCGGCCGCACCUGGUAGAACCUCGGGGCACGCCCGUCGGCAUCAGCAUCGUGCCGCUGCACGACGCCGGAUACGCUCAGCAGCACGCCAUGGCGCCGGUGACCGUGCAUGUGACCCAAGUGGGCGUUCACCAGGCCCCCGUGAUCGGUGUGUCCGCCGCGCCGGUGGCGGCCGUCGGCGUCCGCGAGGGCCCGCUCGCCCUCCACGCGUCGCACCCGCUGCUGAACGCCGUCGCGUCGCCGGGAAUGGUGCUACACGGCGCGCCCGUGCUCGCCGGCCCCGUCUACCAACCUGCCGUCCAGUCCGAGCCCGUCGGUGCCGCGCUGCCGGUCAAGCAAGAACACCAUGAACAGCUUGUGCCGCAGCCGUACUCCUUCGGCUACGAGAUUUCGGAUGGCUACGGCAACAAGCAAGUCCGGCACGAGGUGAGCGAUGGCCACAACCACAAGCGGGGUUCGUACGGCUUCGUUGAUGCACGUGGCAUCUACCGGCAAGUGCACUAUGUGGCCGACCACAACGGCUUCCGUGCCACAAUCGAGUCGAACGAGCCGGGCGUCGCAGCAGGCUACUCGGCCGGAGCAGCCUUCAAAGUCGGCCAGAGACGAGCCAGGCCCGUUGUCCAUCGCCGGCCGAUACCACCGCCACCCCACAGGGUUCCCGUGCUUGUUCAAAGGGCUCCAGCGAACAAUCUGGUCCAGAAGUCCGUUGGAAUUGCUGCGGCAUUCCAUGCAGCCGUUCCAGCAGCAGUCGCUGGAGGGGUUCCUGCUGGUGUCCAUACGGGAGUCGCCACGCCCGGUCGAGACCCAGCGUUGCAGGCGCUGCAAGUCGUUCAGGCGCUCCACGGAAAGGCCUUGACAGCCCUCCCGGUCUCAUCAGUCCAGUACAGUCCAGGUUUAGAACACUCUGGAGGCAUAGACUUCAUUCCGUCGGCUCCGCGUCUGACUGCCGCCACUACGGCUGGCUCCAGUCUCGUCGACCCACGACGCUCGCACGUUACUUACGUUGAGGCGCCACAAGAACACCCUUUCACGAACUUGAGGACGUCCCCUCCAGUGAACUACGAGGGUGGUCCGGGAGCUCAAAAACAGCACUAGUCUCCAAUUAGCCAUGUAAAUAGUCAAUGUUUGCUCUGUUUUCUUGCGUGUGUUUGUGAUGGUGAAUUCCUAUGGUCGACCAGGAACAUUUGAAACUUGCUCCAGCCUUGACGCUAACUGCUCGGCCAUGUGGCGCGAGUUGGAACUGCAGAGCUAUGCAAAGAUGGAUGAAGGCACAGGGCAAACGAAAGGACACAGAUGUGCGCAACCUAUUGACAUACCUAAUGAUUUACGCUUGCUUGUGUAUUCGUCUAUUGUCCUCGCUUCGUCAAAAUUUGCGUAGUUCUCUAAUAAGGUGUAUCGCGUAAUCAUUAUCUCCAGUGUGUUUCGGCCUAAAUAUUUACAGUUGCUUUCUUUGAUACGCACAACGGCUGCGCACGAAUUAACACUUUGUAGUCGGCCAACCUUUUUCGCUAAAGAUAUGUCCAACAACACGAUUGGCUGGCAUGUGCUCUCAGGAACAGUUCUAGCCUAAGAAUUUUUCCACAUAUAUAGGUCCUGCCUACUGUGGCGUCAUGGGAAAUGCUGGAAGUAGUGUUUCGAUCCUUUUCGACUUGUGGAAUUUUACCCCAGGUGUACGCAAAAUUAAGAUACCUCUUUAAUUAGGUGUCAUAAUAUGGGAAAGUACUGUAGAGUGUUAUUAUUGUCCUUUACGACAUAAAGAGUUAGUCCUCGGGACAAAUAACACGCUAAGAUGAAGAACAAAACAGCUUUACCACACGCGCACAAAACUGGGUGUAAUGUAACAGGUGCAGAUUCGUUGCUUUUGCGAACGGUGCACCCACAUAGUACAACUGAUUUGGCCAGUUGCCUGCUACAAGACGACAUAGUACUUUCAGGUCUGUAUUGUGGCGGUGUGAAUGAACGUGCCAGCACUAGAAGGAAGGCUUGCCAGUAUCUGAAGGAGUAGUGUGCCAAUGUGAGGUAGCGGGCAGCCAAUUUUGCUAUAAUACGUCAAAAGCAGUAAUGAGGCUCAUCAGACAUCUUGAAUCGCGGAUAAGGGGGCUCCUUUACUUAACAAAGCCAUAAUCAUGAGACUGCUUCCGCACACCGAAACGGGAAACUGCGAAAUAUUUGUCUUUGUUUUAUUGUCAAAACGUCAUUUGCCCAGAGCAGCGUCUGGACAUGAGUUGGUGUUCUUUUGGCGCACCUUGGCCUGUGCCAAAGGUCCAGACUGCGUAGUCCAUCAUUAUUGACCUUUAGAACUUCACUGUAAUGGUACUACAGGAACUCCACAACGCUGUGCACCACACCGAUCAGGCGUGAAAGACUUUUCGUUCUUCUAGGCAGCUCUGUAGACCUGCAGAUGGCCUGAUGAAACUAACAGCCGAGUACGGGUUGUUACAGUACACUGCUGUCUUACGCCCCCUACGAUGUGUUUCAUUGAAAAGUUUGCAGUGUGGUAAGUUUCCUGCAAAAAGGUUAAUUUCUCCGAAACGUUGCAAAGUUUCCUUGAAUGCAUACUUUCCUUGGGAGCAGUACGUGACGUAAACAAAGUGCGGUGCCCUUUUACAAUCAUCAUGUGCAAAGUACAACGCAAAUUUUUUUUGCAGAAGCCACGCUCCAUAAACUUUGGAGCAGACUCGACCUUCUUUCGUCUUUUGUGGAAAAAAGGAAUACAACGCUAACAUUGAGCACAAGCAGAGCCAUUGAAAGAUCCUGGAGGGAGGUGAUGACUCUGCGGUACUGUGGUAACUGUGGUAAAGUUCGACUGAUCAGGUUCUCUUCCAACACAUUUUUGAGUGGUGGAGCAGUGUGUGCAUUCACUUGUGACAAUGUAUGACGCGAAAGUGGCACAAUACGCGUGCUACUCCAGAAAGCAUUCGACGUCCUCUCGCAGCAUCACGGCAGCUGUCAUCACGUAUUUUCUUUCCGUGAGAAUGUUGGCGUUUUUUUGUUACGCUUAUGACGUCUGUGUAUUGCGGAUGCCAAUGAUCUUGUCGAUUUCACUGCCCAGUGUAUUGCUCAUGAAAGGAAAUCAAAGUUUUAAAGAGACACUAAUGAGGGACACGGAAGUAGUGCUAUAGUGCUUAUUAGCGACGGUAGCAAACUCCAAACGCUUUCCGUUGAAUUUAGAGUCCGCAACAUGGCUUCGAUGAUAUUUGUGCGGCGUCAAUGAUUUCACGACAUUUUCUUAUUUUUGGCAAGUGUUUUUGUGCAGGAAGCUUUUCGAGGGUUGCAGGUUGAGUCCUCGCUUCCUGUUAAAAGGAUUGAACUUGUUCUUUGUUAGCAAACAAUUAUUUUUGCCAAGCAGAUGCUGCCCCAUGGGGACGUCAUACAAGGCUGGCUGGGAAUAGUAAGGUGGCAUCGGCCCUAGUCUUUUGUUCUUGCGUUUUUGUGGCCUAAGACGGAUGGGGUGCAGGAAGGUUACAUAAGCUCAUUGUUACGCUAAUUUAUUUUAAAUUGAGGAAGUAUGUUUCUUUACGAUAGUUAAUAAUACGUCUCCUUAGCGUCCCUUUAAGAACUUAAGUAUGCACUUCUAACAGCUGUUCGAGUCACAAUAUAUUUUAACGAAUGUUGUACUCUGUGCUUGUGCGUGCUAUCCUGGCUGCUUGGCCAAGACGACAUAAAACGUCACACAAGGACGUGAAAUAAUUGUGCCAUGAGCGAACCUAUGCAUGCUCCUGCUACAUCAUAUGCCAGAGCUGUGGCUAACAAUCAUGCUGGGCGCGAUUCAUGCCCAGGCGAACUUUUGUGUAUAUGUACAUAGACAAAAAUAAAUGAAAUUUACAACGGAUGCUAUCCUAUUAAACUCUUGCUGCUGGUGACCGGUCGCUGCCUGUGAUCCACUGGAACCUUGAAGUUACCAUGAUUACCAGAGGAUGGGCUCUGCAGCGUAGCUUGUGCUGACUCUUUCGUAAACGAAGUUAGCAUGUUUUCAGUUCUUUCAUUCUUUUGUGCAUUAUUGUCUUACUGAUUACAAAAAUCUUUGUUUUCCGGUGGAAAUACGAAAUAUACAUUACCGUUUUUUACAGCAAGAUCACAGGAUCAAAUUUCGCACUUUCAGAUCAGUACGGUUCGCUUUUAUUCAAGGGGAGGCGUUGUCCCCACAGUUAUCAAGCCGUUAAGUGCCGCUGGUGACUGCUGUGUAAAGCGGGGGACUACGCAUUGCGGUGCACCUUUGUGGCUUCUGCCAGCCUUGUGCCAGCUACGCGACAGCUUUUCUCGUGGGCAGCAUCCGUUGAACGGGAAAGCCACUGGUAUUUGCACUUUUUACGUCGCAUAUGAAAGACGUCCGCAGGGAUGGGCAAUAGUGCACACACUGCCAAAAGGGCUGCGCUCGCUUCGGCGCAUAGUGUACGUUGACACACUUUGGGCGAAGGCGAGACCUCUGAUGAGUAGGGACUUCACGAGAAAAAUAAAAGCCAUGCGAAAAAGUAAGGAUGACUUGUCCUAUUAGAAGAGCGUGGUCAGAAGCGAGAAAUGUAGGCUGUCGCACAAAAAUGGUGGCUACGGUGGGCUAUAAAAAUACACUCAACAGUGCAAAGCCUUCCUGUUGUACAUUUUAUAGAUGAUAGGGGCUACACACUCGGACAGAAAGCGUAAUUUUCUACUUGUCCUACUUCAUGUACGGAGAACAUUCCUCAUCAAGUAUGCAGGGACCUUAAGUUGAAGUGGAAGGAAGGUCAAGUGAUAUUCGGCCUUUAUGCUUAUACAACUCGCGCAUGAGCAAAUCUAAAUAAAUUUGAAAUUUUCCUAUUUCGGGUGUGUUCUCAUGCCUAAUGAUCACUCCUGCGAGCUCUCUGUGUCGAAACAUGAAGCAGCGCGAAGAAGACGAAGACAACAAUCGAAAACACACACAACAAGACGAGCGCUACACUGCCAACUGGAAAAUUGCGAAGAAUUUCAAC